UCAGGACAAAAGCGCUGCAGAUGAUUCACGUUUAACGGACUUACAGCUGGAACUGAAGGACGAAGGAGCCGACGGUUCGACACGUCCAGAUGUUGGAGCUGAGUCGGUGAAUGAGAGCAGCAGUUCAGAUGAAGGUAGAAGGUGUGUGUGAGCUGAAGUGAAUCCAGCAGCAUGGAUCAGUGUGAGGACAGAGAGGAGGGAGUCCUUCCCUCCAAAACCUCCCCCAGGGGAAAACCUGAGAGAGAAGAAGAGAGGAGACCUGGACCUGGACCUGGACCUGGAUCUGAACCUGAACCUGGACCUGGACCUGGACCUGGACCUGAACCUGGAUCUGAACCUGGUCCCAGCUGUGUGUCCUUGAAGAGUGAUGCAUCAAAGGAUUUACCUAUCCUUUUUAAAGAGUCUCCUGGUUUUCCUUCAGAGAGAGUGGACCAGCAGAUCUCAGAGUCCCCCAGUGGUCCGUCUGUCCAGCAGCAUCAGACCCAGCUGGACUCCAUCUUUCAGCUGCUGGAGGACGACAUUGUCAUGUUUGUGAAGGACCAGCUGAAGAAGAUCCAGAAGGUUCUGAGUCCAGAUUACCCAGAAUCCUCAGAAGGUCUGGAGGAGGAUGAAGAUGAAGAGCAGCAGAGCAUCAGAGAGACACUCGUGAAGAUCACAGUGAAGUUCUUGAGGAGGAGGAAGCAGGAGAAGCUGGCCGACCUCCUGCAGAGCAAGACCAUCGCUGUCGUUUGUCAAUCCAAACUCAAAGUUCAGCUGCAGAAGAAGCACCAGCAUGUGUUUGAGGGGAUCAAUAAAGCAGGAGAGACAACCCUUCUGGAGCAGAUCUACACGGAGCUCUACAUCACAGAGGGAGGGACCGGAGAGGUCAACGAUGAACAUGAAGUCAGACAGAUUGAAGCAGCUUCCAGGAAACCACACAGAGCAGAAACAACCAUCAGACAGGAAGACAUCUUUAAACCCCCACCUGGAAGAGGAGGAUCAAUCAGAACGGUGAUGACAAAGGGCGUGGCCGGCAUCGGGAAAACAGUCCUAACACAGAAGUUCAGUUUGGACUGGGCUGAAGGCAGAACCAACCAGGACAUCCAGUUCCUGCUUCCAUUCACCUUCAGACAGCUGAAUGGGCUGAGAGAGGAGAAGUUCAGCUUGGUGGAACUAGUUCAUCUGUUCUUCUCUGAAACCAAAGGAAUCUGCAGCUUUGAAGAGUUCCAGGUCGUGUUCAUCUUUGACGGUCUGGAUGAGAGUCGACUUCCUCUGGACUUCCACAACUCUACAUUCCUCAGUGACCCCAGAAUGUCCACCUCAGUGGACGUGCUGCUGACGAACCUCAUCAGGGGGAACCUGCUUCCUUCUGCUCGUCUCUGGAUCACCACACGACCCGCAGCAGCCAAUCAGAUCCCUCCUGAGUGUGUUGACAUGGUGACGGAGGUCAGAGGGUUCACUGACCCACAGAAGGAGGAAUACUUCAGGAAGAAGUUCAGAGGAGAGGAGCAGACCAGCAGGAUCAUCUCCCACAUCAAGACAUCACGGAGCCUCCACAUCAUGUGCCACAUCCCAGUCUUCUGCUGGAUCACUGCUACGGUCCUGGAGAACGUCCUGGAAAACGUCCUGGAGAACGUCCUGGAGAACGUCCUGGAAACCAGAGAGGGAGGGGAGCUGCCCAAGACCCUGACUGAGAUGUACAUCCACUUCCUGGUGGUCCAGGCCAAACUGAAGAAGGUCAAGUAUGACGGAGGAGCUGGGACGGAUCCACACUGGAAUCCAGAGAGCAGGAAGAUGGUGGAGUCUCUGGGAAAACUGGCUUUUGAGCAGCUGCAGAAAGGAAACCUGAUCUUCUAUGAAGCAGACCUGAGAGAGUGUGGCAUCGAUGUCAAAGCGGCUUCAGUUUACUCAGGAGUGUUCACCCAGAUCUUUAGAGAGGAGAGCGACCUGUACCAGGACCAGGUCUUCUGCUUCAUCCAUCUGAGUGUCCAGGAGUUUCUGGCUGCUCUUCAUGUCCGUCUGACCUUCAUCAAGUCUGGAAUCAACCUGCUGGAGGAACAAAGAAACACAGAGACUGACCUCUAUCAGAGUGCUGUGGACAAGACCUUACAGAGUCCAAACGGACACCUGGACUUGUUCCUCCGUUUCCUCCUGGGUCUUUCACUGGAGACCAAUCAGAACCUCCUACGAGGUCUGAUGGAACCAAAACAAAGAAGAUCACAGAACAAUCAGGAAACAGUUGAAUACAUCAAGAAGAAGAUCAGUGAGGAACUGUCUGCAGAGAGAAGCAUCAACCUGUUCCACUGUCUGAAUGAACUGAACGAUCGGUCUCUGGUGGAGGAGAUCCAACAGUCCCUGAGGUCAGGACGUCUCUCCACAGAUGAACUGUCUCCUGCUGAGUGGUCGGCUCUGGUCUUCAUCUUACUGUCAUCAGGAGAUCUGGAGGUGUUUGACCUGAAGAAGUUCCCAGGUUCAGAGGAGGCUCUACGGAGGCUGCUGUCGGUGGUCAAAGCAAGAAAGUUGUACUGAAUGGCUGUCACCUCUCAGGGAACAUCUGUCCACUUCUGUCCUCAGUUCUCAGCUCUCAGUCCUCCAGUCUGACAGAACUGGACCUGAGCAACAACGACCUGCAGGAUUCUGGAC